UAAACGAAGAAGAAGAUGCGGAAGCGGAAGAAGAAACGUCAACGAAGAAGAAGUUGUAGGCCUGCCCUCCCCAAGCUCAGCUUCAUUCUCUUCACCGUGUUAGCAAUGGGUCCCAGGAAAUGUUUUUUCCGUUGUGAGGGCAAGCUAGCUAUGUUUAGCCUUCCGACCGAAGAAACCAUCAGGAAGAAGUGGUUUAAGAUGAUUAUUCCCGAGCAGCAAGAAGAGAAAAAUAUGUUCGUCUGUCAACGGCACUUCACAAGAGACUGUUUUUUGAACAUGGGCCAGUUCGAAGCUGGACUGUCCGUCAAAUUGUUGCUUAAACCCGACGCCUUUCCCACUAUACUUGGUCGUCGUGAAGAUCAACCCGGUGCAUCACAACGGGCUCCGCCGAGGCCAAAACACAGACACGUGGGCUGCCAAACGGACACUAUACAUACCGCCACGCAGAUCACACAGAUCAGCCCUUACAUGCAAUCUGUCGGCACCAUGAUGUUGUCCUAUCCGUCUACAAAAUCUGUCGCCACCCAGCUGUCUUACAGUACGCUGAAACCACACGUGAGAAGCAAAGGGGUGCAGGCAAGCGUUUUAGUCAAAAAUGUUGCCACAGGGACAAAAAAGCUGAACACAGUGGUUCAGGUUUCUUCCGAGCCGGCGAGGGGGUUUGCACCUUUGGAGGGUGCCAGACGAGCAAAGCGACCGCGUGUUGAUUAUGAAGAGAAGGAGUACGAGGAAGAAGAGUUUUUCGAAGAGAGCGAGAAUGAGAAAAUUGAAGAGAGCGAGUACGAGGUGGAAGAAUUUGACGAGGACGAGGAAGAAGACAUUGAAGAAGAAGAAAUUAUGGUUGUACACGACUCAAUGUACGAAUCUGUUGACUCCUUUAAGGAGCCAUCAAAAAUGAAUGAAAAAGAGUCAAGGAGAGAAUACAAUGACAGAAAGUACAUUGUAUUUGAGAGCUGUCUACUAGAUCUAUUCCAAACCUGUCCUGUGUGCGGUUCCGACUGCCAACUGCAACCACAGCGGCGGGGGACAUUUGUAGCCUAUGUUCAGCUUUGCCUCAACUGCAAACAUACCAGAAAAUGGCAGAGCCAGCCACUGAGAGGAAACACUCCUGUGGGAAACCUCCAAAUGUCUGCAGCUAUUUAUUUUACCGGUGGAUCCUUCAGUCAGGUGGACAAGAUAUUCAAAGCCAUGAACGUCCAGAUGUAUCCAUAUGACACCUUUAGGAGGCAUGGCCGGAAUCUUCUGGAACCUACAAUAAACCACAAAUGGAAACGGGAUCAGCAGACUCGGAUUGAUUCGCUGAAACAGGAAGGCAGUAUCGCAGUGAGUGGAGAUAUGAGAGUAGACUCGGCAGGACAUGCUGAAAAAUAUGGCUGCUACUCUCUGAUGCACCUGGACAGCAACAACAUCAUCGACAUCCAGCUUGUGCAGAGCAACGGGGCAGGUGGCGGUGUACACAUGGAGAAAGAAGGACUCAAGAGAGGACUUGAUCACCUGGAGAAAAAUGACGUCAAAGUGGAUUACAUCCUGACUGACCGCCACACACAGGUGCAGACAUUUCUGAGGGAGCGCGGGAUCACCCAGUAUUAUGAUGUUUGGCACCUUGAGAAAGCGCUGUCUAAAAAGUUGCAAGCGCUAGCAAAAGGCAAGAACUGCGCAGUGUUACAGCGGUUGUUGCUUGCGAUUAGACACCACAUCUACUGGACCGCCAUGUCUUCAACAUCGGGACCGGAGAAGGCAGAAAAAUGGAAGUCCAUCGUAAAUCACAUUCAGGAUAUCCACUCGCAUGACGAUCCACUCUACCCCAAGUGUCUUCACGCUAAAAAACAAUUUCAGCCAUGUACACUGCCUUUGUACAAAGUGGAAAAAUUAUUGGUCAACAAAAGAGUUCUCCGGGAUGUGGAAAAACUAAGUGAUGACCAUCAGACGUCUUCACUGGAGUCUUUCCAUCGUGACAUUUUACAAUUUGCACCAAAGAAUGUUGUUUUGCCCUACAUUGGGAUGCUGUGCAGGUUGUACUUGGCUGCCAUGCAUUUUAACGAAAAUGCACCAUGGCAACAAACAACUUUGGAGUUCAAGGAACAAGCGACUGCGAAGCCAGUUAAAACCAAACCAACUUCCAGUUAUGUCAGUGACCUGAUGAGGCUGCUUUUUGAGGUCGUGUUGGAGGACCCAACCAAGUACACACAGGAACUCAAAGAAAUCCCCGUCCCAGACGACCUUUGUGUACAGUUUGAAAGACUCUCCGAGGACGAGGUCAUCGCCACAUACGUCUCUAGAUUCAGUAGAGGGACGAAUAGCGGAAGCGAACUUAGCAGCCACAGGGAUCAGGAACGUCCUGGUGUAUCUGGGACACAACACACGACGGAGUGGGGAACCUGACACGCCCACCCGGGUAUCCCCCGACAUCAGCUUACAAAGCUGCGGCAUGCAAGACGCCUGAAACAUCUGAAGGACGGAGAAGAAGACACCAAAUUGAAUUAGUCUUUUUCUCUUUGCGCUACAGAUGUUGCUGUAUCAGCAGCUUUACAUACGACUUAUGAAUCUUAGGUAUCAUAGGUAUUUUUUAUGCAAACAUGGGUACAAUGCAUUUUAUAUUGUAAAUAAAUUAUUUACUUGA